UACAUAUAUAUACGUGUGUAUAUAUAUAUAUAUGUAUACACAUGCGCAACGCGGAACGUAUGAGUGUACUUGGCUUGAGGAUCAUCAUCGUCGUCGUCGUCGCCGUCGUCGCCGUCUCUUAAUUGUCGCCGUCGUCGUCGUGAACGCGCCUUCUUCUGGCCCGGAAGGCAGAAUAGUGAGGAUCAUUUGAGGGAGCUCCGGAAGUGAGUCCGAGGGGAUUUCCGACGAGAGGAGGCAUCCCCCGCGAAUGAUCGCUCGCAGCUACGUGUCGCCCGUCGUGCAUAUCUUUUCUUGUGAACUGUGAUUCCUUGUGCCGUUCGGAGGGGUGGGACAGAGAGAGAGAGAGGGAGAGAGAGAGAGAGAGAGAGAGAGAGAGAGUGAUCUGCGGCGACGGAAUAGAUACAGGCAGGAAAAAUGAAGCUCGAUCUGGACCGGGAGAAGGGCCUCGAGCUCUUCGGCAAGCUGAUACGUACAAAGAACGUCGAAAGUCUUCAGGGUGACCAGCCCAAAACCGGUCCCGAGCCACUUCAUCCAGCCGACUCCAAGCAGAAAUUACAGAAGUGCCUGACGACUCUGGACCUGACGUCUUUAGGGGUUGGCUCCUGCGUCGGGACAGGGAUGUACCUUGUCGCAGGAAUGGUGGCGCGCAGCGUUGCCGGGCCUGGUGUCGUCGUCUCAUUCAUAAUCGCAGCUAUUGCAUCCAUUUUUUCCGGGGCGUGUUACGCCGAGUUUGGAGUACGAGUGCCUCACACGACGGGCAGUGCUUAUAUGUACAGUUACGUGACAGUAGGCGAAUUAAUAGCAUUCAUUAUUGGAUGGAACAUGGUGCUGGAGUACCUUAUAGGUACGAGUGCGUGUGCGUGCGCCCUUAGCGCCUGCCUGGACGCGUUGGCGAACGGUGCCGUUUCCGAGGCGAUAGCCGACAGCGUUGGAACCAUGUUCGGGCGACCGCCGGAUUUUGUCGCGUUCGUCAUCACGAUACUCAUGAUGCUGCUGAUGGCGGCGGGCGUGAAGAAGUCCUUGGUAUUCAACAACGUGUUGAACGCCAUCAAUCUCGCCGUUUGGGUCUUCGUCAUGGCGGCGGGUAUGUUUUACGUGGAUUCCGACAACUGGUCCGAGCACAAGGGUUUCCUCCCUUACGGCUGGAGCGGGGUUUUCACCGGCGCGGCAACGUGUUUCUACGCCUUCAUAGGCUUCGACAUAAUAGCCACCACUGGCGAGGAGGCGACGAACCCGAAGAGGAGUAUCCCUCUCGCCAUAGUCUCGUCGUUGAUCAUAAUUCUCGUCGCUUACGUCACCAGCAGCAUGAUGUUGACACUGAUUGUUCCGUACGACCAAGUCGAUCAGGACUCGGCGUUGGUGGAGAUGUUCGGUCAGGUCGGGGCCUACAAGUGCAAAUACAUCGUCGCGGUCGGCGCGCUGGCGGGCCUGACGGUCUCCAUGUUCGGCAGCAUGUUUCCGAUGCCUAGGAUAGUUUAUGCGAUGGCGCAGGACGGCCUUAUAUUUCGGAGCCUCAGCCAAGUUUGGCCGGCGACGGGCACGCCCGCAUUCGCGACUCUCACUUCCGGCAUGUGCGCCGCCUUCGCCGCGCUGCUGAUCCAGCUGGAGGUGUUGGUGGAGAUGAUGUCGAUCGGUACCUUGCUGGCGUACACCUUGGUGUCCACCUGCGUGCUGAUACUGCGGUACCAGCCGCACACGACGAAUUUGGUUGAGCUGCUGCCGCAGAGCCUCAGGACACCAUGUCGAUCGCCCACUAAGGAGACGCAGGGGAACGGUCAGGUAGCUUACGGCAAGGAGCUCAGGCCCGAUCAGCUUACGACCGCGUUGAAUUCGGUCCAAACGACCCAGUCGGAGCUUACGGCCGCCAACAACGGACAGCGUAUCACGGUACGCCGGGUGAGGAGAUGCAACAGCUCGUCGCCGGACUCGGACGACACGUACGGCGGCGAGGAGGACGAGGUGGGGCUGGGUAAGGACGAUCAGUAUCUUGUCAGUGACAGAACGGAGAAUAAGUUCUAUGGCAGCGUGCACGCGGCCGCGGCGGCCUCGAGUUGCGGUAGCGCUCAUCAGUAUCCCGGAAACACGCCGAUUAUAGGACCGCCGUUAAAUUAUCUACAGCGUCGGCUGCAGGCGGCGCAAUAUCUUUGUCCCGCUAUAUUCCCGUGGGUGGAUAGAGGUCCCGCGACGGAAGCGUCAGGACGUUACGUGAUGAAGCUCGUCGGGGUCCUGUACUUGUUGAUCCUUAUCUUCGACCUGAUAAUCGUCUGUGGGAUGGGUAAUAUGGGAACGUUCACAACGAUAUUACUGUUUGUCUUUCUAUUCGCCAUAAUCGGUGUACUUCUCGCCAUCAGUAGAAAGCCGCAAAAUAGGAAUAGCGUGAUGUUCAUGACUCCAGGCUUACCGUUCGUCCCCGCGAUUGCCGUUACUGUCAACAUCUAUCUCAUUUUCAAGCUCAGCAUCUUGACCUUGGUCAGGUUCACGAUCUGGAUGACUCUCGGCUUCAUCAUGUACUUCUACUACGGCAUCAAGCACAGCAGCUUGGAGGAGGCGAACGCGUCAGAGAACGUCGACGACGGCGUCGUCGGCGGCACGGCGGGCAAUAUCGAGCUGACCGUAACCGACCACCAGCGGCAGCAGGUCCAACAGAAGCUGUAUGUGACGCCUGACCGCAGCAUCUACGAGGGCCAACAGCUGGACGCGUUCGGCCAGCCGGUCUUCGGUAGCACGAACUUCGGCGGCACGCCGAACCAGCAGGCCACCCAUCAGCAGCAACAGCAACAGCAGCAGCAGCAGCAGCAGCAGCAGCAGCAGCAGCAGCAGCAGCAGCAGCAGCAGCAGCAGAAGCAGCAGAGGCAGCAGGCAGCAGGCCGCAUCGACCAAACGACGACGAACACCCUGUUCAUUGAUCAGGACAACUUCCCCACCUGGGACGAUUGAGCGCGCCAUCAUGGCGCGGCAUCGAGCGGAUAUUAACGUAUAUACGAAUAGGGAGAGAGAUACUACUACGCCUGACACGUUCGCGCGCGCGACUGGCAUCGGACGAUUACCGGUGAAACCAGACCCUUCGGAGAUCGCGCGCUGGGGGGAAGGGUCAAGGGCGGGAGAGGUCGAGGACGAGCCGCGAGGAGCUUCGACGACGGACGAUCGAGGGUGGAACAUGCUCUGAAUCUGGAAAACGCGAGAAUUCGGCCGAGAUAAGUCGGACAGUUCCGCCCACAUUCGCAGAAACAAUUUUGCUUCACUGUUGACCGGAUGUUUAGCGGAUUAUCCGACGGAUCGCUCGGGGCUUGUCAGAAGAGGCAAGCGAGGAGGGAGGAACUCGAGCCCGACUCGAAGUUGAAUAUCGUGCGUGAAAUACCGGCCGCUGGAUCCGUCGGACUUUCUCUCUCUCUCUCUCUCUCUCUCUCUUUCCUUUUUUCUUUUCCCUUUCUCGACGUCCUUCCCGGCGCAUCUUGCACUUUCGUCUCGUUUGGAGAAGGUACGCGGAAAACUUGUGCUAAUAUUUCCGUAAUCUCAUUGGCGUCGGGGAACAGCUUUAUCUCCUUCGAGCAAGCGAGUGAGAGUUUCUUGUCCGUUUACAAUUCCCGUCUAGUCCGGUUGAGUUUCGCGCGUUGGUUGCGCGCGAGUUUGUGCAAACACUCGGGAGGAAGUCGACCGCGAAGACGAUGUCGUUGCUUCUGUUGCUGCUGUUGCUGCUACCGCCGUCGCCGCUCGCCCUCGAUCGUUCGCGUCCCUCGCACGAAGCACGCGCGACGAGAUCCUCGGGAAAAUUUGAUCGGUGCGACGUCAGCGAGCGAAAUGGUAGGGGAUUAGACGAGAUCCGCGAUUCUCCGAGGGUCGAACUUGUUGACUACUAUUUGGGACAAAUGUAGCAAAUAAUUUUGCGGCAAUAUUUAUUAUCCUAGUUAUAUAGUACUGUCGUUGACGAGAAGUCGCGAAAGGAGGCGCGGCGGUUGGG